GUUGGCGUACGGUGUAUACCGUGGAGACGAGGUUGUGAUUCAAACUGUAAAAACGAGACGUUGCGACGCGGUAAUUGUGAAAUCAAUUUCAUUAUGGGUGACACAUUCGAGGUACAAGAAAUUUUGGGUUCCAGAAAGACUGCAGAUGGAGAAAUAGAAUACAAGAUUAGAUGGAAAGAGUUCAGCCCAAUGGAAGAUACAUGGGAACCAGAAGAAAACCUUCUUGACUGUGAAGAGAUCCUGAGUGACUACAAGAAAAACAUGGCUGCUGAGCAGAGAACCAAGGGACAGAAUCAAACAACAGAAUCAACGCCAAUCUCACAGAGAACAAGAUUACGUCAGAGAAACACACCAAAGGUUCAGAGGGUCUUAGGCGUCAAGCAAAUGCCUUCUCAAGUCAACUGGUCUGAAUUUUCUAUGGAGAGUGAGAGAACGAAAAGAAUUCCACAUGAGAGACCACUGAGGCAUUUGAAAUGGGCAAUGUGUGGUGGUUUAUUAUGUAUCCUGACAGCCGCAAUACUAUUAUAUCUCACUAUGGACUGAUCAACAACCUCAGCUCCAGCUCAGGGAACCUGCAUUCAUACAGACCAAGCUCAAACAGGAUCAGCACUACUUGAGGAGAGACCUUGUACAGCGUAUCACUCAAAUUGGAGAAGAUUGCUUUGAGAGUUGCACAGCUGAUGGGAUGGUUGAGUGUUGUGUUUCAUAUACUCACAGCUGUGAUCAAGAUUAGAGAUCACAAAUGAUGAUGUCAUUACUUGGUCCAUGAAGACUUUGGUGUAUGGGAAGGUAUCUGUAUUGUUAGUCAUCUCAGCUUUAUGAAUGCAUAUCAUGUCUUCCAUCAUCUUCCAUUACUUUCCUCAACAGAUGAAGAUCUCUCCUCUGUAAUUAUGUAUCGUACAUUCCUACAUCAGACAUGGGUCACACCCAUCCUAUAGGGAAUGUGUAUACAUGUACGUCCUGUAGGUAUCAUUGGUCACAAGGCGUGUUUAGAUUAUUGCUGUGGAAUCGGAAGAACCUCUCAAAGUUUUUUAAAAAGUUGUAGAUAUAUAGGUAAAGAGGUGAUUUCAUGAUGCAUACCUAAGCCCUUUGAGUGGUAUGUGGAGGAUCAUUGUCAACUAUAAUUCCAGUCUGUAUUCAAACUUGUUGAUUGUUGCACUAAGUACACAGGGAAAACAAUACCUUUUACUAAUUACUUAGCAUUGAUUUAAUGCCAUCAGAAUAAGCUUAACUAAGUAUAUAUUUUUGUGGUAUACUGAUCAGCAUUAUAUAUGAGCUAUGCAUUAACUUCUUAUCCUUGACAAAUGGGUGUAUAGGAGGUGUUCUGGUUGAUGUCUCUUCAUAUUCAAAGACCUAAUAUAUAAGCGUAGUAAAAUAGGAUCCCCUCUUUGCAUACUCACAAGAACAUUUUAAUACUAAAAUAUAUCCCCUUUUCUCAUUAAAAAGGGAGCGAAGACUUCUUACCCGGUACUUAAAAAUAAAAGGAAAACAACCACUGUGUUUCUAAUCUCUGAACAAUUUGAUAUCCCCCCCCCCCCAUCCCAUUACUCCUUUUAUGCAAAAUGUCUGACUAACUUUUAACACACAAAGUCAACGUGAAGUGGUACCACCAGGUGUUAACUGGAACUAAAAUUGCAUUUAGUAUUUUCUAAUUUCUAUUGUAUAUGCAUGCACACUUUUAGCCAUGUACAUAAUUAUAAUGACUGAUGCUGUGUCAGUAAUUGCAAUGUUUUUCUACUUCAAGCCUUUUUUUUAAGAGAAGAGUGUAGGGGGCAAAACACACACAUAAAAUGAAAAAAAGUCAAAAGUGACCCUCAAAUUAUGAGAGUCAUUAUCUUGCUUGCUUGGUUUGAUUCAUAUUUCUAUGUCUGGGAAGGACGCUUUUUGAAAUAUAGA